GAAGUGUACUACGCGAGAGCUUGCCGGAGGCUCUGGAUCCCUGUGAUAAUAAUAAACUGAUAUAAGCAGAGGAAGCGGGGAGGAAGCUGCGAGUUGGAGGGGGCCGGGAGAGGCGUCUCUGGUUAUUGCUUGUCCCUGCUUCCCGGUGAGCUGCUGGGAGUGGACGGGCCGGGAAGGAGACGAGAAGAUAAGGGCGCCGCGCGCGGCCAUGGCUGGAAGUGCGCCGGCGACGGCGAUGGACAAGACCAGCUUUGCCACCACGUGCAGCCUGCUGAGCCAGUACGUCAAGGAGAAGAAGGGCGGCCUGCUGCAGGGCCUUGGUGCCCUCGCCAUGGCGCCGGCAGCUGGAGAAGGAGCUUUCCGGCCGCCGACCACCAUGAACUUGCUGUCAGCUCUCGACGACGCGCCGGCCGAGGAGCGCAGCGAGAAGGCCACCGCCGGGGAGCCAAAACACCAGGACAAAUGCACCGGCGGAAAUCCAAGGGAGGAGGCAGCCGGAGAGGAGGAGGAGGAGGCGCAGCAGCUGACCAUCUUCUACGGCGGCAGAGUGGUCGUCUUCGACAUGUUCCCCUCCGCCAAGGUCGAGGACCUGCUGCAGAUCAUGAGCCCUGGCGGCGACGGCGUGGACAGGGCAGGCGGUGCCACUGUCCCUACGCGGAGCCUGCAUAGGCCUUCACACGACAGCCUCUCUGAUCUGCCGAUUGCGAGGAGGAAUUCGCUCCACAGGUUUCUUGAGAAGAGAAAGGACAGGAUAACUGCAAAGGCGCCAUACCAACAAGUCAACAGCUCUGUUGUUGGCGUCGAGGCGUCCAAGCAGGCGGCUGGAGCUGGGGUGGAAAAACCUUGGCUGGGGCUGGGCCAAGAAGCGACAACAGCGAAGCUGGAGAUGUGAUGAAUGUUGCCCGACAAGAAGGUGCAGUGCACGAGAUUCACGGAUGGUGCAGGUCGUAGCUUCAGGUUAAGGUGAAGGAUAACUUACCGUCGGGUACUCUACUCACUUUACUGCUCUACUACUACUACUGCUGGUGACGAAGUUAGCAAGAAACGUUCUUCUGCUACCGGUGGGUCGGUCGGUCAGCCGUUCGUUGGCGAGAUUGUUUGCUGCUGGAGACGGACGUGCUCGCAGCAGUUUCGCUGGUCCGUGACCGCGCCAUAUGUUGCCACGAAUGGUUGGUUGUUCGGUACGUUGAGGAACGAUGUGUAUGUAGUGUGCACGUUUCCGGUGCAUCUUGUUCUCCUCAAGCCUGUCCUGUAUGUUUACCCCCCUGCACCCCCUCCUCCCUCUUUGUAGAGAGAGGGUCUGUAUGUUCAGUGGAAGAUGGUUGUUCUAUUUGAUUUUUAUUUUAUGGACAUGUAUGCUCGGUGAUGUGUUGUGGUAUGCUGUAUAUCGGGUAUAUCAUAAUUACGAGUAUCCAAGUUAUAUCCCU